AUGGCGUCGCGCGUCGCCUCGACGCGAUGCGCGCGCGCGCGGGCGACGUCGACGUCGACGACGACGCGAUGGACCACCGCGCGCGCAUCGCGAUCGAGCGCGACGCGCGCGCGCGACGGGGCGAACGUGCUUUUUGACCACGUCGAGCUCGAGAGCGACGGCGAGGGGCGCGAACGCGUGGCGCUCAGGGAGGGGGGAUGGCGGACGUGGACGUGGCGCGGGUACGCGUGCAAUUAUAUCUCGGCGGGAGAAUCGAACGAUGGACCGAUCGUGACCUUGGUGCACGGAUUUGGUGCGCAUAGUUAUCACUGGAGAUAUACGAUUCCCGCGUUGGCGCGCGCGGGGUACAGGGUGUACGCGUUGUGCAUGCUCGGAUACGGGUGGUCGCCGAAGGUUGAGGAAAAGUAUUGCAUGGAGUUUUGGGGACAGCAAGUGAUUGAUUUCUCAAAGGAGGUCGCGGGGGCGUCGCCGACGGAUAAGACGGUGAUCGCUGGGAACUCAAUCGGCGCCCUCGCGGCGCUGUACGCCGCGAGCACGUCGCCAGAGUCUUGUAAAGGGUUGUGCCUGGUGAACAGCGCCGGGAACUUUGAGCCGGAUGCCGCGCCGGGGCCGGAGAAGAAAACCCUGGCCCAGCGUGCCGUGGGUGACGCCAGGGAAAUGGAUGCCGUGGAGUCUAAGUCGUUCGUGGAUGCGAUUCGCGAGCAGUUCAGCCGUCUCGUGGCGACUGGGAUCUUUUACUCGACCAAGUUUCGCAUCAAGCAAAUCCUUCAGCAAGUGUACGAGUUUGAGGUCGAUGACGAUUUGGUGCGAUCGAUCGAUCUCGCGGCGCAGGAUCCGGGGGCAAUCGAUACCUUUUAUCAACUCUCCCUCGCCGGCUCGCGCACAAAGGUCAAGGCUGGCGAUCUCUUGGCGGAUUACGACGGCGCCCUCAUGUUACUCUGGGGCGAGAAGGAUCCGUGGAUGACGCCCACCAAGGCGGCGCGCAUCCGCGAGAUCAAGCCCAACGCCCUGUACGCACCCGUUCUCGGCGGGCACUGUCCGCACGACGACGCCCCGACGGAGUCCAACGCCGAAUUACUCAAAUGGCUCGCGACGCUUCCGUGA